GCAUAGGUACCGCAAGAGCAACCUGGUCAUGAUCGGGAUACUAUGUGGCAGUAUUCUGAGUGCGGCGAGCAUGGUUAUUUUGCUGAAGAUUUUCGGCAUUAGCAAGGCCAAGCAGAUCAGCAGCGCGAGCUCGACCAGCGAGGGCGAGGCUGUCUACGUGGACGGAGCCGCAAGGCGCGAGGUACAGCAGCGGGGACUAGGACGCAUGUUCUGUUUCCGAUGAUGGCAGGCUGCCCUGGACAGACAAACGUUGAUUGGAGCGGCAGGCAGCGAUCAGAAAUUUGGGUCCCUUUGGACGGGGCAUGUGUGGAUUUGGCCAUGGCGGGUGGGAGGUGGGAGGUGGGUAGUAGUCACGAGGGGGGGUCAAGUCCUAGUCGCGUGGAGGCGGGAGCGACGAGGACUCGUUGCUUAUAUUAUGCAGGUCAACAUCCCCGGGGGGCUGACGGCAUAGCUGCGAACUGCUGUUAUAGCGUGCAACCGGGGGAAGACGUUAGGGAAACUUAUAUAGGGGACCAUUCUUGUAGACAACUAUAUACUAUAACAGCAUUUGCAUCGUCGAGGCCGAUAAGCCGACCGACUAUGGCGCUCAGGCUCGGCAAGGCGUUCACGAAGCGUUCCCCAAGUGGCCGCACACGCAUGAGGAGGGGCUCUCACGACACCCACACCCACACAUGCCCGUCGUCCACCACCUGCUCUUGUCUUGAUUGAUUCUUUUCUUCUUACCCUCGUUGCAUGCAAUUGCUUUGCCAGCCCUCGCAGUGUUUGUUUCAUUCUUGCAGCGCCCCACUCGUCCGUACCGCCCGCCAGCUGUCCAAGCACCGCAGCCCACGACAAGCAA